CUCCCACCUGCCGCUGUCCCCUCAAGCUCUGCCAUGCCGGUGCCAAUGUCAACGUCCUCCCUUUAUUUCCUAGCCCAGGUGGGGAAGACGUCCCUGAUCAUGGCUCUGGUGGGAGAGGAGUUUCCUGAAGAGGUGCCCCCCCGGGCGGAGGAGAUCACGAUCCCGGCCGAUGUCACUCCUGAGAAGGUCCCCACACACAUAGUGGACUACUCAGAGUCAGAGCAGACGGAGGAGGAGCUGCAGGAGGAGAUCGCCAAGGCCAACGUGGUCUGCAUGGUGUAUGAUGUCACCAAGGAGGCCACCAUUGACAAGAUUCGCACAAAGUGGAUCCCCAUGGUGAACGGGGGAAUAGAAAAGGGAUCCAGAAUCCCCAUUAUUUUGGUGGGAAACAAGUCUGACCUGCAGAUGGGCAGCUCCAUGGAGGUCAUCCUGCCCAUCAUGAACCAGUUCUCGGAGAUUGAGACCUGUGUGGAGUGCUCUGCCAAGAACCUCAAGAACAUCUCUGAGCUCUUCUACUACGCCCAGAAAGCUGUGCUGCACCCCACUGCCCCGCUCUAUGACCCAGAGGAGAAGCAGCUCAAACCCGCCUGUGCUCGAGCACUGACCCGGAUCUUCAACCUGUCAGACCAGGACAACAACCAGGUCCUCAGUGAUGAUGAGCUCAACUACUUCCAGAAGUCUUGUUUUGGAAACCCCCUGGCCCCCCAGGCCCUGGAGGAUGUGAAGAUGGUUGUGUGGAAGAACACGACGGAUGGGGUGCAGGACAACGGCCUCACCUUGAACGGCUUCCUCUUCCUCAACACCCUCUUCAUCCAGCGGGGCCGGCACGAAACCACCUGGACCAUCCUGCGCCGCUUCGGCUACGACGAUGAGCUGGAGCUGACAGAUGAUUACCUGCACCCACAGUUCCGUGUGCCCCCUGGCUGCUCCACAGAGCUCAACCACUUGGGAUACCAGUUCCUGCAGAGGCUCUUUGAGAAGCACGACAAGGACCAGGAUGGAGCCCUGUCGCACACAGAGCUGCAGAACUUCUUCAGUGUGUUCCCCUGCGUGCCCUGGGGCCCCGAGCUCUACAACACGGUAUGCACCACUGAUAAAGGCCUGCUUUCCCUGCAUGGAUUCCUCUGCCAGUGGACGCUCGUGGCUUACCUGGACAUACGGCACUGCCUGGAGUGUCUGGGCUACUUGGGCUACCCCAUCCUCUCGGAGCAGGACUCCCAGACACAAGCCCUCACAGUGACCCGGGAGAAGAGGAUUGACCUGGAGAAAGGGCAGACCCAGAGGAAUGUCUUCCUGUGCAAGGUGCUGGGAGCACGGGGCGCAGGCAAGUCCGCCUUCCUGCAGGCCUUCCUCGGCAGGAGCCUGGCGGCCCAGAGGGAGAAUCCAGGACAGCCAUCCCUCCACACCAUCAACACAGUGCAGGUCAAUGGCCAGGAGAAGUACCUCAUACUGUGUGAGGUCAGUGCUGACACCACGUUCACGAAGCCGUCGGACACAGCCUGUGACGUCGCCUGCUUCAUCUACAGCCUGAGCGACCCCAAAUCCUUCAGCUACUGUGCCAGCAUCUAUAAGCAACACUACCUGGACAGCCAGAUCCCCUGUGUCUUCGUGGCCUCCAAGACAGACCUGCCAGAAGCCAGCCAGCAGCCAGGCCUCUUCCCAGCCGAGUUCUGCUACAAGCACUGCCUCCCUCCACCCUUCCUCUUCUCCUGCCACAGCCAGGGACCACCCAGCACUGCUGUCUACACCAAACUGGCCACUGCUGCCACCUUCCCCCACCUGAACGCCUUGGAGCUGGGAGUUGCGUCCUUCUGGCUGCGGGUGGCGCUGGGGGCGGCGGUGACAGCGCUGGUGGGCUUCACCCUCUACCGGCUACUGGCCAAGAACAAAUGAGAGCCACCCUCCACCCCGUCCUCCCUGUGAUACCAGCUCCCCAUCCCCAGCGACGCCCAGUGAGGGGCCUGUCUCAAGCUGGCCCUUGGUAGGAAAUCCUCCUUUGCCCCCGGCUUGGAUUGCAGGACCAGUGAAGCCAGACCUCCCAGCACCAGCAGGAUCCAUCCCUGGCACUGGCCAGCCUCAGCCUGUGGCCUCCUGGCCCCUGUGGCCACAGGGCAGGCAGCUUUGCCAGGAGGGCUCUGCCUCACCAGCAGCUGGAGGAUCGCCCUCGUCUUUUAUUUUUUCCAAUUUUUUUUAACGCUUGUUUUUAAGCUCAAACGUGAGUGUUUUGGUGUCUGUUGGACUGGGCACAUCCCCUCCCCAGAGGGCUGUGCUGGUGCCCUCAAUUCUGCCUCUGGGAGCUCCAGCAGCAGCUGAG